GGAACUAAACUCGGUCCAAUUCUGUUUUUGGCGAUGAUAAAUGAUCUCGAUGUGAAACCACACGCAACGGAUAUUUGGAAAUUUGUGGAUGACAUAUCAACAUCUGAAAAUAUCACAAAAGGCAGCAAUUCAAAGUUUCAGUUCUGCAUUGAUACUAUAAAUUCUUGGGCUUCGUGCAACCUUAUGAAACUUAACCCCAAAAAGUGCAAAGAACUACGCGUUUGCUUUCUGAGGGAAUCACCUGAUUUAUCACCAUUGUUGAUUGAUGGUCAUGCGCUUGAGGUUGUGCGGUCUCAUAAAGUGCUAGGUCUGGUUAUUCAAAAUGAUCUAAAAUGGAAUGCACACAUAGAAUCAGUUGUAUCCAAGGCUUCUAAACGUUUAUAUAUCAUCCGCAUAUUACGACGAGGUCGUGUCCCUGUGGAGGACUUAUUGAGUAUAUACUUUGCCUUAAUACCAUCGGUUCUGGAGUACUGCUGUGUGGUAUGGCAUCAUGCCCCACCUUUGUACCUCGCCGAUGAGUUAGAGCGAGUGCAAAAACGAGCGCUGAGGAUUAUUUUACCGGGUUACUCUUAUAGGGAAGCAUUAGCACAACUUGGGUGUUCCAGAUUGGAUGAAAGGCGAGAACGACAUUGCCUCAAUACUAUGAAACGCAUAGAAAUUGAAGGACCACUGUCAAAAUAUGUUCCAUUGUCUAGGGCUAGUUAA